CAUCCUUCUUGCUUCUCCCUCCACUCAGAUCCUGCUUUCCCUCAGGGGCAUUCUCUGGAAAGGGCGAGGCUCCCUCCACCCUAUGGACCUGGGGAAUGCUGCCAGCAAGGGCCAGAGGAGGCAGGAUCUAUAAAAGACCAGCGCAACUGUCCCCCCCGCUGCCUGCCUUCCCGUGCGCUCUCAACCAGCCUCCUGCCCUCCCGCGGCACCAGCGCCAUGCUCUGCAAGGUCCUGAUCCUCCUGGUCCUGUGCGCCGCGGCUGUGGCGUUCCCCUCGCUGCGCCCAGAAUCAACCACUGACCUACUGGAAUUGAUCCCUGAUCUAGAGUUAACCACUGAUGGAGAGGUAACUGAGGAUCAAGAGUCAAUCACUUACCUAGACGAGACCACAGACCUAGAGUUGACCACAGACAUGAACCUGGAUAUCAUGCAUAUUUCCAAAUUCAAUGUUGACCUUGAAACAGCCACUGCCAUCUAUUUGGAAGAAGCCAGUGAGGACCCAGAUGAUUAUAACACAUUUCAGACAAUGAGCUUUGUGAGUGAAGAUUUUGACCAGAACAGCACUUUUCCAGAAAGCAAUGAGUCCACUUCAGUGUAUCUUUAAAAUGAAGCAAGGUCUCCUUUUGCUGUGACAGUCACUCUGCUAUUCAACACUGUCUGAGAAGACUUGAACUUUUGAAUCAGCCAACUACUACACUUAUUAGAUAUUGCUUGAUUGUAGAAAGCUAGUGAAUCAUGGCACAUGCCCAGCUGAGGAGAAAUGGCAAGCACUGGUCUAGGGUGGGUGUUGUGAAUUUUACAGACAGAAGAGGGGCAUUUCUUAGCUCUUUCCUACUU